AUGGAACAGCAGCUGGCAGCCUGCCUCGAGGCGACGCUCUCGCCAGAUGCCAACACGAGAACACAAGCCGAAUCGCAGCUCGAAUCCUUCCGAUCUCCCCAGACCGACCCUGCAGGGCAAGCAGGUCCUGGCUUUGUCAAGGUGCUACUCGACGCGGGUCUUCCGAUACACAUUCGCCAAUCCGCGGGUAUCGCCCUACGCAAAUACAUCACGGCACGAUGGUCGCCCUACUUUGACGGAUUCGUCGGCAGCGCCGUGGACGUGGCUGUCAAGCAGCAGAUCCGUCAGGCUUUGCUCGCAGGACUAUCGGAUCCCGUGCGCAAGAUUCGUCUAGCGUCCUCGUAUGCCAUCUCCACCAUCGCAGGUCCCGACUACCCCGAUGAGUACCCUGAUCUGUUGCCCUACAUCCAUCAGCUGCUACAACGCGGAGAGCCCAACGGCUUGCACGGCGCCAUGACGCUCCUCUCCGAGUUUGUGCGGGUCGAGAUGGACGAAAUUCAAAUAAUGCAGGUAGCCAAGGAGAUCCUGCCGGCUUUGGAGCGGGUGCUGGCGCAAGAGCAACAGCACAGUGCCCACGUUCGGGCGAGAUGCGUGCUCGUCUUUCGACAGUGCCUCACAACCCUCUUCAUGGUCAAGGAAUCUUAUCCUGACAUCGUCAAGCAGGCGUCGCAGACCAUGCUUCCGCGGUGGCUGUCCAUGAUGCAGGCGCUCUUGGCGCAGGAUGCUGCACAACAGCUUGGCUCCGAUCUACAGCAGGGCUGGCCAACGCUGGCACUACGCAACGAGAUCUUCAAAACGCUCAAGGUUGCCGCCAUGUUCCGGGCUCGGUUCAAAUCGCAUCUUCAGAGCUUUAUGCAGUCGUCAAUAUCCAACCUUGUCUCUCUCCUUCCUCCUUUCAAACAGCUCUACUUGUCCAGCGCAUCCGCUAUUGAUACGCCGACAUCAGAUGAGGGCGACGAAGAUGUGUCUUGCGACAUUCCCACCUUGGCAUGCUCGAUCCUCGACUUCAUCAACGAAGCGUCACGAGGCGACCGCUGCCGAGAUCUCUUUCUCCACGGCGGCACAGGUGGUCAGGGUAGUGAGACCGAGGUCUUGCAGCAACUCGUCGGUCUGCUUCUCGUCUACAUCGACAUGACGGUCGACGACGAGGACAAUUGGGCCAACGACGCAAACGCUUUCAUCGCUGACGAGGACGACGAGACUCUGGCCUACAGCUUGCGCAUUGCGGCUGCCGACCUGCUCGGCAUGCUCAUCGAAGAUUUCCCAGUUCCUGCAUUACGAGCUAUCGGACAACAGCAGCAGCAUCUCAUCGCGCAGGCACGCAUCGAAAGGGCGGAUGGCAACGAGGACUGGUGGAAAGCGCAUGAGGGCGUGUUGACCGCCAUCGGUAACAACGCCGACGCUAUCAGCGAAAUUGUGGAGACCCAAGCCGAAGGCAAGCAGGCUCUUGACCUCGAAAACGUCUUUUCUGCCGUCGUGCUGCCCAACGUCGGCAGUGAUGCGCCACCUUUCCUGCAAGGACGUGGCUUUGUGUUUGCGUCGCAAUUCGCCACGUCGCUCCCCUCCGAGCUUGCCGCUCAAUUCCUCGAUGCAGCCGUAAGCGCUAUCGAGUCUGAGAGUGCUUCCCUGCCCGUCAAAAUCUCGGCGGUUCGCACCGUUAAAAACUUCUAUCGACACUUGCCCUCGCAGGUUGUUGGACCCUUUGCACCCCGCGUCGUGCAAAAGCUCGGGCCUCUCCUUAUGCAGGCUUCUGAAGACACUCUCAUCCUCAUCAUCGAGACCGUACAGGCCGUGGUGGUGGAAGAGUCAGACAGCGGCGAUGUGACAACAUCGGCCUUGGUAGAACCCGCCAUCAUCGGCGAGAUUGUGCGCGCAGCUCUCCAGGUGUGGGCGCCCAAUGCUCGAGACAUUAUUCUCCUGUCCGUGGUCUCGGACCUGCUCGAGUCGCUGGCUGGCUCGAAGCAACCUGGCGUCCCUCAAGUCAUCGUCCAGCAGAGCUUGCCCUUCCUCGCUGCCGCCAUCGGUUCCAGUCUACCGGACCAGCAAGCUGCCACCAGCAAUGACGAGCCUUCCGCCCUUGCAGAGACCGCAGUGGAGCUCGCCAAGAGCGUGCUCGAUGGCGCCGAUCCUGCUGCACUUCGCGGCGCUGUCAACGUCCUCUGUCCGAACCUGUUCCAGGUGCUGUCCACCAGUCAGGAUCGGGACGUGCUGCAAAAUGGUAUCGAAUGUGUCACCGUGCUCGUCAAGAAGUGCACGCAGGAACUUCUCGACUGGAAGCAGCCGCAAAGCCAAACAUCUUCUGUGGACCUCAUGUUGCAAAUCAUCGCCAAGCUGCUUGUCCCUACCAAUGACUCCGAAAGCGGAGGCCUUGCGGUGGGUGACCUGGUGGUGUCGCUGUUGAGAAAAGCAGGCGACCGCAUCUCCCACAUUCUGCCCGAACUGCUCGGUGCUAUGGUGCAACGCCUCGCGACCGCACAGACGGCGACAUUCACGCAAUCCCUCAUCGUUCCAGUUGCAUACCUGAUGCACGAUAACGAUGAGCAAGCCAAGCAGGUUAUGAAUUUGCUCGAGUCGAUUCAGGUAGGAUCUUCAACCGCCGAAGCGGAUGCUGAGAGCGGCAGCGGUCUCGAGGUGCUUUGCAAAAAGUGGGUCGACAAUGUCGAAACAUUCCAAGGCUUCUGGGCUCAGCGUGUCAGCGCACUAGCGCUUGCCAAGGUUUUGGACAGCCGACGCUCCUUCCUCACCACCGUCAACGUUCGAGGUGACAUUCUGCCGGACAACUCGGGCAUCAUCCGUACUCGCUCACGGGCAAAGACCAUGCCGCAUCAGUACACGAGCGUUCCCAUGUUUGCCAAGAUCGUCAAGGUGCUGCUCAAGGAAUGGAGCAGUGCUUCGCGGGCGGGCAGCGGCGGCGGUGCUGGCGCAGGUCGCGAAGACGGAGCGCGUACGCCCGAGACCGACGACGAAGAUGGCGAGUGGGAUGACGAGUACGAGCCGAAGACGGGGGGCAAGGACGACUUUGGCUUCCUCUCAGAUAUGCUGGGUCCUGGCGGCCUAGAGGCGUUGCAAGACGAUGACGAGUUUGGACUUGAAGACGACGAAGACCUCAAGUCUGAUCCUGUCUACAGCUUGGAUCUAAAGAGCUGGCUAGGUCAAUACCUACAGCAUCUUGCACAGGCAGUCGGACGCACCUCUUUCGAAUCUCUUCUCGCACCUCACAUGAAUGCAGAGGAGACAUCGAUGCUCAACUCGAUUUUGUAG